GACCCGGCCUAGGGGUAUGCCGGACGCAACAUAAAGCGCUCCUUCCUUUGCCCCAACUCCCCAAUAAAAACCAACAAUCAACCAGAGUUAGCAGUCUUGAAUUAAUUUAUUGUGUAACAUAAAUGGUAGUCAACUUCAGGGUGGGCACAGGCCAAAACAACAAACAAAACCUCUUAUUUAAAACUACCUUACCUCACAAACAAAAGUGUAGUAAAUAAAAUACAGGGGGUCUUACCUGCCUCCCUAACCCAAAACACGAGAAAAAAUCUGUGAAAGCAAAUAGCUGCCCACCCCUACCUACCAGACUGCUCUUCAACAACUUAGACUAUUUGUCAUGAAGACAAAUCAAAAUUCACAAAGUUUUCCACGAUUUUAACACAAAAGAGCCUCCACGGAACACAGGUCUGGCUGGGAGUUGAGACAAAGGAAAUGAGAGAGAGAGCUCCUCCAGCAACCACCCUUUUAACAGCUUCCCUCCUCAGCUGCUGUCCAAUCAGGCCAGAGUCCUCUCCUGAAAAAUAAAACACACACAGGAACAGCACCUACCACAGGUAGGGAGGGUUACCCACAAACAAAAUGUGCUGCUGAAAAAAAGAAACAGGAAACAUAUGACCCCAGGUCAUAACAUUGGACAUUAAUAUUGAUGGUGUUCCUCUGUUCAAAUCGAGUCAGAUGCAGUUUUGGCCAAUUUUGGCCAAAUUUGACAAGUCUGAGCCUUUCAUUGUGUCUCUCUUUUGUGGCAAUGGAAAACCUGAACUGGUAGAAGAUUAUCUACAGGAUUUUGUUCAGGAGUUGGUGGACCUUCAAGAAUAGGGCAUUGUUCAUGAAGGGAUCCAGCUUGAGUUCAAGAUUAAUGCCUUCAUAUGCAACUCUCCUGCAAGGGCUUUUGUUAAGUGCAUCAAAGGUCACAACGCGUAUCAGGCAUGUGAACGCUGUGAAGCUUUGGCCAGCCAUGUUGACGGCAAGAUGGUGUACACAGACCAUGCACCUUGUGAAAAAAGAACUGAUGAAAGGUUUAAAACAGUUCGAUACACUUGCCACCAAAAAAAAAAAACUACACCCCUCAUUAAGACUGGAGUCGGAUGUGUCAGUCAGUUUGUCUUGGACUACAUGCAUGUGGUUUGCCUAGGGGCAGUAAAGAGGCUUCUGACAUUUCUGAUUAAAGGUCCUGUUGAGUGCAAACUGCCCAGAAGCUCAGUUGAAGAACUCUCCAGCCGAUUAAUGGCACUGAGAGGGAAGAUGCCAUCAGAAUUUGCCAGGCAACCAAGGUCAUUAGUGGACCUGGAUCGGUGGAAAGCCACAGAAUUUCGGCAGUUCCUGCUCUACACGGGCCCAGUUGUGCUGAAAGACAUACUGUCAGAUGACCAGUACCGUGUUUGACAGUAGGCAUGUCUAUCUUGCUUGACUCAGAUCAUGAGCACAGAGAAGCAUAUCUGGAGUACUCAAGGGAUGUCAUUAAGUACUUUGUAGAGAACUCUGCUGAGUUUUAUGGCAACACCUUUUGUGUGUACAACAUCCACAGCCUGCUCCACCUGUAUGAAUACGUAGAAAAUUUCAAAUGUUCCCUGAAUGAAAUAUCAGCAUUCCCCUUUGAGAACCAUUUGCAGUCAAUCAAGAGAAUGGUUCGAAAUGGCCAAAAUCCAAUUGCACAGGUCACUAAAAGAAUUGUGGAAAAGGAGUAGGCAAAGCCAAGACAACCAUUGUCCCACAGGAGGUUUUAUGUCUCAGCCAAAACUCGAGACAGUUGUGUCUUCCUGGAAGAUAAGAUCGCGUUUGUGAGGGAGAAGAGGGCUAAUGGCAAGCUGGUGGCUGAUGUCGUCACACUGGGGGAUGCAAGUGACCUAUUUUAAAAACCAUGCAAGUCGAAGAUCAUCAACAUUACAUAUGUAGACAGAAGAAUGGACCAAGCACAUCGGCAGUUGGUGGAUAAGAGAGAAGUGGUGAAGAAGGCUGUUUGCAUUCCACAUUCAGAUGGAUUUGCCAUCGUUCCUCUGCUACAUAGUAUCAACUAAUUCAGCAGUCAUCUUAAAGGACUUGAUAACAUAGCAGAACAGAUCGCAUCAGCAGCAAACUGUUCAUUCUCACAGUCACCAAAUGCUGCUUAUAAAAUACUUAUGGACUAAAUGUUCAAGGAAAAAAUUAACCUGCACAACACGCCUGUCAACAACCCCUGCAGCACAACAGACUGUUAAAGGCACAUUACAGUUUGAGAAGACACAUCAAAGAGCCCAGCUGCCACACACCUUCAACCACUUGCAAUGCCGAUACCAUGCUGGCAUCCCAAUGGAAAUAAUUGUCUGUUACAACAGUAUGGGCAAAAAAAGAGGUAUGACAUUGCUACUUUGCUGUUCUCCAAACCUUUUAUUCCCUCAAAAUACUAACAAUUUGUGAUUUUAAUCAUAAUUCUGAACUAGAAAAGCACUCGGAGAGCGCUGACCUCUGCCAAGCAGCUCAUGUCCCCCCUUAUAUUGUGAUUCACACCAAAACUUCUUUCAGGAUCAACCUUUGACACCUCAUAAAACUCACUGAGAUCCUUUUGUGUAAUUUUUUACUAAAGACUCUGGACAUUUUUAUAGAGUGAAAUGCAAAAAUUCAAAAAUUUGUAAUGGGAUCCUCCUGGGGCUGAGACGCACCUCUGGUGAAAAUUUCAGGUCAAUCCAUUUGUAACUUUCUCCGUAAAGUUGCUAACAGACAAACAAACAAACCAACAAACAAACCAAUGCUACCGAAAACAUAACCUCCUCGGCGGAGGCAACAAUCCCCUCUCAAAAAGCCUUCAAUAUGAUUUCACAGACAAAGUAUCCCGACCCACCAAGCCCGUGAUAGCCAUUCAACACCAAUUUCAAUAUGUUGUAAUCUAACACAGAUUUUUAGAAUUAUGGCGUCGAGCUGCUUAUUUAGAAGAUGUAUUGGGCUAACGUGCACCCGGCCACUUGUGUUUCUUUUCCACAUUUUCAGCAUUGCCAUUUUGAAAUGUGUUUACUAUUUGUCAACUAUUACAUAUAAUGUCUCAAAUCUCUUUCUGUUUGAAUCUCAGUAAGUAAUUGAUGACCAGUGGUUAAUUGUACACUUCAAUUUUCAGAACAUGUCACAGCGGAAGACAACCCGAGUCAUUAAAAAGAAGACCUUCCCUGAUUUUGUUCAAGGUCCGUGCCGCUUGUAUUUUAGAUUGAUAACACAUACUGUACACAUUUUGUCUACUCAUUGCUAGCUUUGUUUUUUUAGUCUAAGCACAUGCCAUCUGUUUCUAGGGCCCACGUAUCCAUCACCCCCCAAGAAAUUUAUGAAGGGUUCCCACACAGUGCCCUCAAAUGCUAAUUAUAAAUACAUAUUUAUUCAUCAAACAACAAACGGAUUAUUCAUAUAUGUGCAAUGUUACAUAUGAGGUGACUGGUUAUAUUUGUGUUGAUUUUGAGUAAUCCCAUUUUUUCCCUUUCAGCCCCUGGUCCAUCUCAUCAGCCACAGCAGGCAAACGUGGGCAAAUGUCAAUUUUUUUUCCCCAUUUCCAACGAUAGCAAGCAAUGAAUGUAUUUGUCUGUCAUUGUUAAACUACACAGAAUUGUUUGAAUCUUGUUACAGGUCCUCAAGAUGCUCCACGGAAGAGAACCCUACCAUCACAUAUUCCACGUGAGGAAUUUGCUUGUGGCAAUAUUUUUUAAAUUGUCUUAUGAUUAUCCUUGAUAGUCCUUUUUGAUAUAAGUAAUCAUAACUGCUUUUGCACUUACAAUCCGCAUAUUAACUCCUAAAGCUUAUGCAAGUGGUCUGAAGAGCCACACCCCCACAUAUCUUUGAAAUUAUUCAAGUGGGGAAUAAAGGAUAGAGUUCCGAGUUUCCUUUUGUGUAUAUGAGAAGUAGAGCUGGCUUUUGUAUAUAGACCGAUGUCAGGCAGUAUUUAACUUUGGAUCCUACCAUGAGUGGAAGCCAUUGUGUGUAUGGCUUUUAGAUAACAAGUCAUGAUCUUUUCAUUGUUUUGUAUUAGGUUUUCUGCAGAGUGGUGUAGCUUUUUUGGAUUAUUUUAUAUUUUAUCUAUAAAUGUUGAUUAUUCAUUUUACCAUGUGCUGUCCUUACUUUGUAUAAAGCCCUCUGGAAUGAGAGGAUCUGUUAAAUGCCAGAAUUGUAAAAAAAAAAAAAAAAAUUCAAUUUAUGUAGGCAAAGAGGACUUGUUCUCCGAGGACUUGUUUGCUGAUCUACCUGAGACAUCAACUGAAGUUUCCAAAUGUAAGACUAUGGCAAUUUUCAAAUAGUAUGAAUUACAAGCAUUGUUUCGUCAAAGGUGACUAUUUAUUUUAUCCUCUGUUAUUAGCUUGGCAGCCAUCACCCGACAGCUCAUUCACUCAGAUAUCCUGUGAGUUAACAAUCUUCCUCUUUAUUAUUAUUUUUUGUUAUUUGUAUUAAUACUUCUUAAUUGAAUUAAUGAAAACGAUAUACAUCUAAAAUAAUUAUGUCUUCCCCAGGCGAGUCACCAGCCUCUCCAGUUUUAAAUGCACCUCUGCUAAAAUCUACACCAGGUAUAAAUGAUUUUUUUUUAUUGGACAAAGUAUUAACGCCUAGGUCAGGGAGAAUAUAAAUUUUUAUAAUUUUUAUAUCUAUUUCCCAGCUAUGCAAGGUCACACCACAUCAGCAGUCCCUGAGAGUGGCUGUUAUAGAAUAUAUGUCAGAACACAAGAUAUUUUUGACAAGUACAGCAAAUACACAGGCACCAUUGUGUACAACUAAUGAAUAUUUUAAAUUAUUUAUCCUCAACAGCGAAUGGGUGAAGUAAAAAAAUGUUUAAGUCUACGCAUGCAGCCAGGACUGUAAAUUUCAUUUGUUUCUCUCACCGCAGUUGAUCGAGCGCCAACCACCCCACAAGGACCUGGGAGGGCCCGUGGCAGACAGCACAGCCCGGUCAUGACCCGUGCCCGGACCCCACAGGGUAAACAUUGAAGAUUAUAGCAGUGAUCACAAUGAUGACGGAAGAUCAGCUAAUUAUAUACCUUUGCUUGCCCCACCCCCGUGUACAUUGUUAUAUAAUAUAGGGUAUAGACAUCUGAAGUUACAGAUUAUUACAUUGUUUUUAGCCUCUACUGAAUAUACCACAGAUGUCAAAGAGUGUGAGUGAAAAGGUUUAAUUUAAAUGUGCCUUCUCUCUUCUCUAACUACUUCAUCCUUCUCCAGCCCCAACCACCCCAGUAGGAACUGGGAGGGCCAAGACCUGGGUCCGGACCCCACCAGGUAACAAAUAUUUGAUAAAAUGAUGACUGGAAUUAAGACAUUUAAUCACCUUUGCUGUCCCUCUCCUGUGUACAUUGUAAUUGAUUAGACAUCUGGAUCUGAAAGAUGUAAGUUUAAUGUCAAUGGCCUGUACAGAAUAUAACACAAAUGUCAAUUUGACAACAAGUGGAAAUUUUACAAUAUGCUGGCUGGUACUCCACGUGGUAACAUUUUAUUGACAAAAGCAGUGGUGGUUGUAUCAACAAGACAUUGGAUUCCCUCUUCUUUUUACAGGUGUUGCCAGUCAGCUAUCUCAAGUAGCCAGACAAAUUAUAACCCAGUGUUCAAACGGUAAAUUUUGAGCACAAAGUAGAGAUAAUUUGAGAUGGCAUUGCACACAUUUUGAUUAGAUUUUUAAUUUGAUCGUUUUCCACCCCAAAACAGUCAACCAUGGCAACUCCAGAGCUGCGACAACCAAAGGUAGACUUUUUUUUCCUCCAACUAGGAUGACAUUGCUGUUUAAGUAAUUAUGAUAUGCAAUUAAAUUUGGUUUGACCCCAACAGGUGAUCAGCCUGGUAGGGCAGCAACACAGCAAGGUAAGAUGUGUUGUAAAAUCACAAUAGAACUGUUGCGUUUGGAAGUGAGAUGAGUAUGCUCCUUAACUCCAUCUGCCAACAGAGACUCCGAGCCCUCAGGCUGGACCCUCAGUGAGCCGUACCUCACAAGGUACUAACUGUCUAUAGUGUUACUAUUAAAUAGUGAUGUUGCCCAUAUGACCUGUAAUUCCCUUUUCUUUCACCCUCAGCUAAGCGGACAAAAAGUCCAAGGAUUCAAGGUAAGGAUUUAUCAGGUUUAGCAGUGUUUUUUAAGUAGGGUGGGGGGCUAUUUUAAAAUAGUGCAACAGCAUAUGAUUUUGUGUUUAACAGCCAAAGUUAAGCACCACACUCAUCAUCCAUUUAUUGUCUCGUUCUCAGAUUUUGCAGCGAGGAAGAGGGUUUAUUCGUACCCAAUGCCUGAGAAAAGUAAGAGUGGCAUAACUAAAGUACAAAAUUUCAUGUAAUGUAUUGUAAUUAUUGAAUUGAAUGUUAAUAAAUCAUAUCUUUUCACUAAGAGUUCCAGCGGGUGGUCGUGGAAACGCUUAUGGAAAUCCGCAAUGAAUUAAAAUCCCUCAACCAGCAGGGGGACAUUGAAGAUCAGGGUGAGCAGAUAGGUCAGUUGCCAUUAAGGACUUUGGAGGAGGCUCAGCGCAUGUCAGUGGAAAUUGAUAGGCACCCCAACAUGAAACAUUCACUGGUAAGUCAAAUAGAGAUGCUAAAAAUCAUAAAAAUUUAUACAUUAGACACUCUUGAUAAUUUGAUUACAUCAUACAGAUAAAACAACUGUUACACCUAGGGGGGGAAGGACAUUAAGACCUGCACAUGCAGGAUCCUGGACAAUACCUCGUCACUUUUGUUGGGCAGGGAGUUGAUGUUUCCCAUAAUGGCUGAUGGAAGAAAAGGCUUUUAUCUCCAUUUACUAGCCUUCAACUUUGCCUUCACCUUUGCACCAGCAAAACAACCACAAUAACGACUCCUGAUGUCCCUUGGAACCGGAUGCCAUCGUCAUGACCCUCUCCAUCUCUCCUGAACAAACUCCUCUCCCAGCAGAAACAUCAUUCAGCAGUUGACAAAACAUGAAAAAAUAGAGCAAAGAUUGCUGAAAAUUAAGAGAGACCAGACUUUGCUGCUCCUCGGUCAAGCACAAGUACUGGAAGCUCAAUGGUAUGGGAACAGGUAUAAAUAUUUAAAAAUACCAUUCAGAUGUAUGGAUUUGAUGACAUAUUUUCGGAGAUAUAAAACAAGACAAAACUGACAUGCAGUUUAAGUUAUUCAUGAGAUGUUUCACUUCUAAGAGUCUGCAUGAUCUACAGUAAAUAUAUUCCUGACAGCUACAGGAGAUCCCAAUAAAUGUGAAGGUCACAAGAAUGAAAGUUCUCACCCUGAAACAACGUGGCCUUGGCUUGUUUGCCAUGAAGGUCUUUUUAAAGGGAAAAAAAAAAAAGAUAUCACUUUGUGCACAUGCUGCACAGUUAUGACCCUCAUCCGAUGUCCAGGCCAAUUUGACCUGCGCACAGCCAAAUCCAUACACAGACUCACAAACACAUGCAUGCACAAAGACUCCAACACCACAUGCAAACCCCCCCACACACAUUUAAUGUCACAACCAAGGCUUCAAGAAGCUAUCGGCUCCUUUUCUUGUGCUUUUCACCCUUUGUCAUAUAAAAACCUGCACCAAAACAAACAUACUCCACAUCCCAACACUACACCUC